CAAUCUUGCCCUCCGUGUGCUGGGGCAUCUGGGCAGAGUCGGGCCCAGCUCCUGGGUCUCUCUGUCUUGUAGCUGCCCCAUACCCCUCACUCCAGGCACCCUGGCACGGGGACAUGACAGUAUGACCUGGGAAGCCCUCCACCUGCCACUGGUCCUGCUGCUGUUGGCCUCAGGCUCCUGGGCAGAACUGCAGGAGGGUGAGCUGGUGUGGGCGGUGCAGCAGCAGGUGGUCUCUGUGAAAUGCCCAUCCAAGCCCCUGGAAGGCAAGUAUGAGAAUAAAACCUGGUGUAAGGAAAUCAGCCCAGGUCGUUGUUCGAAGCUAGUCACCAGCACUAGACCCCAGGUGAUGGCUCAAAACCCUCCACAUUUUAUCUGGGACAACCCUUCUGCGGGCUUCUUCAUUGUCAUCGUGACCGAAAUCACAAAGAAGAGUUCAGGAAACUACUGGUGUGGAAUAGACAGAGGUCCCGAGGGGAAAAUCCAUAUUCUCAGGAACAUCAGCCUGGUGGUGACUUCAAUGACAACCAGGUCAACCUUCAUCAGUGACUCUGAUUACUGUCUGUCAAGCGGCACAUUCACGAUGCUGUUCUGUGCAUUCCUCGUGACCAAGAUCCUGGCUUUGACAGCACUUCUCCUGUUUCUGGCCUACAGAACCCAGGUCUCUGCCAGUACAACUGGAGUAGUAGCAAUGGCUGCCCCCAGCCCCUCGAAGACCUGAGAGUCCGCAGGCACUUCCUGCUGAGUCUGGAGUCUCCCCACCUGCUCCUGCUCCAUCAGGACCACUGAGUUCUGGAGCCUCCGAGGAAAGGCCAUUCCUGUGCCUCUGCAAGACACCUCCUAACACCUGAAUCUAUCAUCUACCCUAUGGAGGUGCCUCCUGUCCAAGAGCUGAGGACCCCCAUGUUGCCUUCUCCAACGCCAUGUCCACAAAGCAGGGACCCACCACCUAGGAAACUCUUCCUGUGCAUCCAGGCCACCCCUCUCCUUCCCAGUGGACCAAAUCCAACUGGUAGGCAACCUCCCCCCAACCUGUGCCCCUCCCUCCCCUCCAGGGUUUCCUGUUUCUCUGUCAUUCACAGAUCCCCUGGUCUUCUGGUCUCAGUGCCCAUUGCAGUCAGUUUUGGUUCUUCUUCCUCCCGAUAAGGGAAAUAUCCUUCGUUCAUACCAUACACAAAUGUAAUAUUUGAUAUUUCCAAAAAUGACACAAAUUUUAAAAAUAUAUGACCAUGAAGGAACAAUAUUUCCAUCCUAUAUGACAGAUAAAAGGGUUAACAGCUUUAGGACUUAAACAUCUUUUUCUUUUAAAUAAAUAAAAAUCAGGUAGACAUUUUCAUUUUAAAGAGGGCUAAGGAUAGGAACAGUUAACUCUUAUAGAAUAAAGAACAAAUAAUAUGUAUGAACAUGUAUCCAAAAUGGCUGAUAAUCAGAGAGAUGAGAAAUGAAGUGAGACCCCACGCUUUGCUCAUCAGUUCAAAGAAGAUUAAAAUAAAUGGUAAUCAUAUUCUGUGCUGGAGAGGUGUAGGGAAAAGGGAAUUCUCAUGAAUUGUUGGAAGGACAUAAUUGAUAGCCUCUUCCUGGAGGGGCAACAUGGUGAUGAAUUAAAAGGCAGAAAACGUAACUUAUUCAUCCAUUCCACUGCUCAUGGACAUUUGGGUUCUUUCUCCUUUUUGGCUGUUGUGAAUGAAGCUGCUAUGGACAUUAAAAAAAAAAAAAAGGCAGAAAAAGGAAAACAAACAAAAGAAACCUCUGGCGUGUGAAGCGGCAGUUCUAAACAAUUUUCUAAGUAAUUUGACAUGUGUGAUGUGGUGAUUGCUAUUGUUUAAAAAGGAAAAAAUGGAAUGUCCCCUAUAUGUCAGUUUUAGAAAGUGUGCCCACUGUACUUGAGUAAAAAAAAAAUAAAAAUAAAAAGGCAAAUAAUCGUACGAGACUUGAAAAUCCAAAA